AUGGAUCACCACAGCUACCGACAACAGCUCUCUGAAGAGCCAGACAGGUUCGAGACUGGACUCCACUAUGAAGACGAAGAGGAGAACUCGUUGCAUUGUCGCCAGAUCCGAGUCCUCAACCGUAUCGCGCUCCUCUUUGGUGACAGCUACAACGACUACAACGACGACAACCUGGGCAGCAAUGACGACAGAUCUACUCCGACUUGGCAACAAGGAGACGAUGACGACACCUUCAGCAAUGAAAACAUCCCCACGCGCCACCUUGCCCGUUCUUCGUCGUCUUCUGUUGAUCGCUACCGCCAGCAUUGCGACGCCACCAACAACAACAGCAUCAGCGAGGACAAAGACGAGAGCGAUCUACAUGUCGAUCUGCAAGUCCGAGGAUCCUUCGUUAUUGCUCUUCCUCCUUCUCUUCUGUCGCCUAUCGCCGCUACACUUCCAUCGCCGCCACCAAAUGUUGCCGCAGUGAAGAGAGGUCCUGGCCGGCCCAGAGGUAUCACUAAGAAACAGCUUCCAUCUCCUCAUCCUCCUGACGUCAUUGAUACAGCGAAGCGAGGUCCUGGUCGACCCAAGAAGGGCUCUCUGUCAUCCAGGAGUCGACCCCGUCCUCCUUCAUCUCAUCCUCCUGAUACUGAUACUGUCAUGGCGAAGCGAGGCCCAGGUCGACCCAAAGGCUCCCUAUCCUUCAAGAACCGAUCCGCCUCAAUUUCGUCGAUCAUCACACCUACCGUUACAACCCGUGCUAGAGCCAGAGCCCAAUCUGUCCGUCGAGUCCGACUCCGAGUCACCGAUCCGUCCCUCGCCUCGGCAUCAUCGUCUUCCAACGUAAAGGCAACCCGCGACUAA